GCACACCUCCAGCCCUAUCCUGGCCCCCCCGCCCCUGCCUACGUGAUGAAUCACUCCUACCCCAUCAACGGCAGCCCAUACCCCUCCUCGCCCUCGCCCUUCCACCAGCCCACCGCCUCCGCCUCCCCCGCAAAUGGCCAGCCGCCCCACGUCCCCGUGGGCAUGCCCACCCACCCCGCUCCGUAUACCUAUGCCGUCCCCCAUGCCCCCUACCACGGCUACCCCUCGUACCCCCAGUACCCCGGCUCCGUCGUCAUGUAUGGCACCCCGCCCGUGACCCACCCCGACGCCGCACGCAGCCCCGCCGCGCCCUCGCCCACGCCCAUCGCCUCCUCCACCGGUAAACGUAAAAGGAAGUCAACCGUUGAUGAUGCCUAUGGCGGAACAUCUAAUGAAUUGGAUCCAAUAGAUUCUAGCAGUGACCUCCCCCGUGGCCCGACGCAAAACUCUGGCUCUGGCUCCGCCGUGGACACCAAGAAGCGCACAAAAACUCAGCGCGCCUGCGACAGCUGUCGGAGCAGGAAGAUCAGAUGCGAUGUCCUCUCCGACGCCGAUCCCCCGAUAUGUCAACACUGCAAGCAAUACGGCUUUGAAUGCACAUUCUUCCUCCCCAUCACCGAGACGCGCUUCAAGAAGAAGAAAUUGGAGGAGGAAGCUGCGGCCGCAGACAAGGACAAAGAGGGCGAACGGAGUACCUCUUCGCCCCAGGGUGAGCACAGUAAGAGCAGCGAUGUGAAGAUCUACGGCCCGACGUCAGCGACGUACAUGCUGCACUCGCAGGCCAUGAUAUCGUCGCGUGCUUACGAGUCAUUCGACCUGCGCUACCACCACUCAUGGGACGUGAGCACAGAAGGCGAUGGUGUAAUCCGCAUACACGAACCGCAGCAGGGCGAGCUGCAGCUGGCGCUCCCGAAGCCUGUGGACAUGCGCAUCGAGCGCGACACCGUCGAGCAGCUGGUCAAUGUAUACUUCGCAGAGGUUGCCCCGCUUCUUCCCGUCGUGACGCGUGAAGAGUUUAUAGCGAGCAGUCCGCCGCCGCCUAUAUUGCUCUAUACCAUAUGCCUUGUGGCGGCGUCGGGGCGGGACAUACCCCAGCCCGUCUACGAGUCCCUUCGCUACGCGGUGAACAGCUUGAUCAAGGCGGAAGAUGUGUUGUCGACCGCGUCAAUUGUCAACCUACAAGCGUUGCUGAUUCUCGCGAUGUGCGGCGAUUGCCACUCGCAAUUCGUGCCAAACGCGUUAUCCGCACUGUGGAUACGAUUGGGAAGCGCGAUCCGGAUGGCACAAGACAUGGGAUUGCAUCGGACAGAAACCCUCAGGCAAGACGUCGAGCUCCGGCGCCGAUUAUGGGGCAUCUGCGUGAUCAGUGACCGAUGGAUCAGCCUGACAUACGGACAUCCGUUCAUGAUUGACGUGCAGGACUGUGAUGUGCGGCUGCCAUCAUCCGGCGAUGCCAGUGCCCGGUACCUUGACGAGCUUGUUCGGCUGAGUCUGAUUUUGGGUCGUGUGCUCAAAACAAUCUACACGCCCGCUGGCCUGAACGUUGCCACGGAUGAGCAAUUGCAUAUGUUGUUGCGCGACCUGGAACAAUGGAAGGCGAACCUCCCGGAGGAGCUGCAGUUCCAAGGUCAGGACACGGGGCGUCAUGGUGGUGUGUUGUUCAUGCUGUACGCGACCGUCAACAUGAUCUUCUGGCGCGUGUUUAUGCGCAUAUCCUACGCGUGCCCUGCGCAUCUCAAGUUUGCGCUGACGGUCGAAAAGUUUACCGAGCUCAAGCAGCUCACGGGUCAAGCUAUCGACUGGCUGGACGCUCAUGAACGCUUGUAUGACGUCUGGUUGCUCGUCGCGUAUUGUGCUGUGUCAUGUGCUCUCGUGCAGUAUCACACCUGGGCGAGGCGCAAGGACCCUGAGGCCCAAUUGAGGCUCAAGAAGCUUCGGGACUGUGUGCGGAAAUGGGAGGCGUCUCUCUCGCCUGACCACAUGUCGGCACGUCGAAAGGCCCGUCUAAAAACGCUCGCAGACUCUUUGUUGUAUCACACUGCCGAGAUCAUCGCGCUUCUUUACGAGGCGACGCAGAGCCCGCUGAAUGCGAACGAGCCGCCGCCGCUCAACCCGACGAGCGGCGUCAAGGGCAAGCCGCCCCUGGGCGGUCUCGUCUUCCAGAAGGACCCGUCACGCCCGGGCGGCGGCGUGUUCGUGGCCACGAUGAAGCCGAAGGAGAGCCAGGUCGAGGGCGUGCCCGAGGGCACGAUUAUUAGCGACGAGGGGCACGAAGGUGAGGCGCCCGUGCCUGCGGUGUCUGGCGUCAGAGCUCGCAAUGACUCCGCGUUGUCUCUCCCGUCUGCUUCUGCCAUGCCCGGGUAUGCGUGGCCGUCGUCUAUAGCCGGCAGCUCGCAGCACGGGCAAGCGCAGCUCGCGCAGCAGCAGCAGCAACAUCCGCAGCCGCAAGGCGCCCAGAUGGUCAGCUACCUACCCCCGGAUGGGAGCCACUCGAACGUAAACCCGAUGCUGAACGACAGCUACGGCUCGGGGAAUGUACAGGUCCUGAACGUGCUGGACGUGCCUCAGGCGUCUAACAACUUCAUGGAACAGAUGAUGGCGGCGGGCGGCGGGAUCCUGGACGGCCUACCAGACGGCGUCGGCAUGUUUGUUGAAUUCAGUGCGUCCUUCACGUCGCAGCAGAUGUGCGCCUUCGUUCUGACUGUUCGGCAGACCAGUGGGACACGUACUUCCAGCGGUUCGCGCCACAAACAGGGCAAUACCAGCAAGACGUGA